UUUAUUUAUUUUAUUUGUUGGUUUGCUUAAUGGGAAUUCUAAAAUCUAUUAAACGAACUUUGACACUCAAAGGUUCAUUCAUGCCUAACACCAAAUGCAAAACUGCCCUCUAAGGGAUAGAUAUACAGUGGCACAGUAUAUUAUUUUUAAAAAAAGGCAAUAUGAUAUGCUGUAUUUGUGUUACACAGGCUCAAGAGGUUCUCGAAAUAUUCGGUGAAGUUGGAGAACAAUUGGAUAUAGCUGGUGUUAUGAAGGAACAUUUCUGGUUUAAACCCCAACCGAACGACGAAAUUUGCAUCACGUGCUGGGAUAAAAUCAAAGACUUUCAUGAAUUUUAUCAUACUACAGAAAAGGCACACAAGAAUUUGCAUGCAUUUAAAAGUGAGACAAUUCUUAUAAAGGAAGAAGAAACUACACCUAUAAAAAAGGAAUUGUUGGAGACAUCUUUGGCUAGUGAUGAGAAGUCAAUACAAAUUGAAGUAGAAAUCAGCCCAAACAGAAGGCUUUCCUCUCCUCAAGUAGAAUAUAUUUUGGAAAAGAAUCCUUUAGAUGAUGACAAUGAAGCAGAUGAAUGUGAUUCCGAUAAUGAGUAUGUCGACAACACUUUGCCUGAUUAUGAAGCAUCAUGGUCUUCUUCCACCUCAUCUAAUUCUGAGGACGAAGCAAAUUUGCCUACAAAGAAGAAGCAAUUGUUAGAUGGUAAGGAAGCUAAGGAAGCAAAAGUGAAAAGAAAAAGGAGGCUUGGCAAAGCUCUCGUGGGUAAAAAGCCUGAUGAGGAGGAUAACACAAAGAAGAAGCGAAAGAGACUAGACCCAAAAUUGACUGAAGAAAUGAUACAAAAGCACAUACCUAUGAUAUGUAAUCUCUGCAAUUUUGAUUGUAAAACAUUUAUCGGUGUGGGCAAUCACUUUAAAGAGUUUCAUGCGAAAACAAAGCCCUACAUAAUGUGUUGCAAUAAGAAAUUUACCAGGCGUCACUAUAUAGCUCAACACGCAUUACAGCACGAAGAUCCAAACUGUUUCAGGUGUGAAGCGUGUAAUAAAUCAUUUAAAACUACAUAUAACCUUCAUACGCACAAUUUAUCAUUCCAUCAACAAGAAGAAAAUGGUGUACAUGCCUGCGAGUUUUGCCCUCAAAAAUUUCCUCGGCGCAAACUAUUGGAAUUCCAUAAGCCCACGCACAUACCUAAGGACCAGUGGUCUUUCUUUUGCACUAAAUGUCCAACUCCAAGACCUUUUGCUAGUGAAUAUUUAUUAAAAACUCAUGAAAGUGUACACAAAAGAGAGACUAAUAUUUGUCAUGUCUGUGCCAAGGAAAUCAAAGAUAAAUAUUUAUUUGAGAAGCAUGUUCGUUUACAUUUUGAGGAUAGUGGUCCAAGAGUAAAAUGUCCUUACCCUGAUUGUGAGUCUUGGCUGAAAGACGAAUAUAAUUUAAAGGAUCAUCUUAGGAGACAUAAUAGCGAAGGCAUCAUCUACAAGUGUCCAGAAUGUGAAAAGAUAUGUAAGAAUCGCAAGGCUCUGUCCCAACAUAAACGUAACAAUCACUCGAAUAAGCAAUACAAAUGCGGACAAUGCGGAAAAACCUUUAAGAAAGCGAUAACUUUAAAGGAACACACAGCACACCAUACGGGUGAAAGUCUUUAUAAGUGUCCGUUUUGUCCAAGGACAUUCAACUCAAAUGCAAAUAUGUAUUCCCAUAAAAAGAAACAACAUCCUGUUACUGAAAGAAAGUGUGAGACUGCAGUGGUGACAUUCUUGAAUGAAACCAAAAUCAAUUCUAUUACGAUGCAGGCAGUUUUUGAGAUCUAUCUGGCGACUAGCAUCCACCAGAGAUCUUACGUUAAUAGUAACAAAUCUAUAAUCAGAAAAAUGUUGUGCUGUGUAUGCUUGCUGGAGAACUCUGAUACUACAGAAAUACAUAGUGAAAUGGGAAAACAAAUGAAAAUGGCAGAUAUAAUAAAGCAACACCUUUGGUUUAAGCCUCAACCUAAUGAUGAAAUGAGCUCACACAUAUGCAUAGUGUGUUGGGAAACCAUACUCGACUUUCAUGAGUUCUAUCAACAGGCCGAAAAGAUUCAUGCAGAAUUUCAAAUCAGCAACAAGAAAAGAUUUGAUAUUAAAGAAGAGGAAACACCUUCAGUUCAUAAUCCCAUUAAAUUAGAAAACGAUGAAUUGUAUGGUGACAUAUUGCAAUUAGAGAUAGAAAUCGAUGGCAAAUCCAAGCAAAAGCAGCCCGCUAAAAAUGAAGAAAUUCAAAAAAAUCCCCUGGAUCAGCUGCAAAAAGAAUUGGAAUGCGAAAUAGACGCUGAUUUGGAAAGUGAAUUGCAAAUUCCUGAUAUAUGGCAAAGCAAUCCAUUGGACGAUGUCAAUGUGCAUGAUAUAAAUGAUGAAGAUCAUGAUAUGGACACUGAAAUCGAGGGAUUUUCCGAAGAUUUUGAGCCUUCUGAAAAUAGUGACGAGGAAACCAGUUCUGACGAAGAAUGGACCAGUAAAAAGGCCCCAGAGGAAGCGAAUAAUACCGUCAGUGAUUGCAAAGUAAUAAAAAAGAGACGAAAGCGAAAGCCCAAAAAUGAUUCCGAGCAAAAUACAGAUGAUGUUAAGAAAAAACGAAAAGUUCAAUAUAAAUUCGACUAUAAGCAUACAGAGGAAAUGAUAAAAAAGCACAUUCCUAUGGGUUGUAAUUUGUGUGUUUUUGUUGGUAAAACUUUUUCUGAUAUUGUCGAUCAUUUUAAAGUAAGCCAUCCAAAAGUGCGGCCUUACAUUACGUGUUGUGAUAAAAAGUUCACUAAACGUUUCUAUGUGGCGCAACAUGCACUUAAACAUGAGGAUCCCAAUUGCUUCAAAUGCAACGAAUGUAACAAAUCGUUUACCACUACUUGUGGUCUCAGAAGUCACAACUUGAACUAUCAUGCACCAGAUGAAGAACGUACAUAUGUUUGUGAUUUAUGCCCCAAGAAAUUUGCCAGAAGAAAUCUUCUGGAAAUGCACAAACCAUCUCAUAUACCCAAAGAUCAAUGGCAGUUCUUUUGUACAAAAUGCCCUAGUCCCAAAGCUUUUGCAAGUGUUUAUUUGUUGAAUGUGCAUACAAGUAUGCAGCAUAAAAGAGCGAAACAUGUUUGUCAUGUGUGUGCCAAAGAGAUAAGAGAUAAGUAUUCGUUUGAAAAACAUGUUCGUCUGCAUUUCGAAGCGAGUGGCCCACGAGUUCCAUGUCCUUAUCCGGAUUGUGAUAGUUGGCUUAAAGAUGAGGACAAUUUGAAGCAACAUUUAAAACGUCAUAAUCCCGAGGGUGUUAUAUACAAAUGUCCAGAGUGUGACAAAGUGGUUAAAAAUCGUCGGGCUCUUACCAAUCAUAAGCGAUAUAGUCAUUCGAAUGAAACGUUUCAAUGUGAACAAUGUGAUAAAUCAUUUAAAAAAGCUAUAUCUCUAAGGGAACACAUGACUCAGCAUACAGGAGAAACAUUGUACAAAUGUCCAUUUUGUCCAAGAACUUUUAAUUCAAAUGCCAACAUGCAUGCUCAUAAAAAACGAGCGCAUCCCAUUGAAUGGGACGAAUGGCGAAAAAAUAAAACGGGAAGUUCUCAAGUUCUAAUAAAGAACUUGAAUGCAUCAUGAAAUUAAGCAAAGAUAUACCGGAUACCGAAUAGUAUGUACAUACAUAUACAAAAAUAAAAUUUGUUUCAAAAUAAUGUGCCAGAUGACCAAAAAUUCUGGACAAAAAUCCUCUAGCAAUAUAA